GAGCACAGUUAAAGGACCCCAGCGGGCCGAGUGUCUGGACCCAGCCUGAGCUGUGUUUCUGACUUUAGGCAAGCUUUUCAAUGGGGAAAAUGGCGAAGAUGUUCAGUUUCUUCUUUGUUACCAUUACUCUGGCAAUGAACAGGGAAAGCUGGGCUCUCGAGAGCUGUCUCCAGGAGCAGGUGCGUCUCCGAGCCCAGGUGCGUGUGCUUGAGGCCCGGGUCAAGCAGCAACAGGUCAAGAUCGCACAGCUUUUGCAUGAGAAGGAAAUCCAGCUGCUGGAUAAAGGAGAGGACAACAGUAUCGUUGACCUUGGAGGCAAGAGGCAAUAUGCAGAUUGCUCAGAGAUUUUCAAUGAUGGGUAUAAGAGCAGCGGGUUUUACAAAAUCAAACCUCUCCAGAGCCCGGCAGAGUUCCCUGUUUAUUGCGACAUGUCUGAUGGAGGGGGAUGGACUGUGAUCCAGAGACGAUCUGACGGCAGCGAGAACUUCAACAGAGGCUGGGAUGACUACGAAAAUGGCUUUGGGAAUUUUGUCCAAAAGGAUGGUGAAUAUUGGCUGGGUAAUAAAAAUCUUCACUUAUUAACCACACAAGGAGACUACACUUUAAAAAUCGACCUUGCAGAUUUUGAAAAAGAUAACCGUUAUGCCCAAUACAAAAGUUUCAAAGUUGGAGAUCAAAAGAGUUCCUAUGAGUUGAAUAUCGGAGAAUAUUCUGGAACAGCUGGGGACUCCCUGGCAGUGAAAUUUGACCCUCAGGUGCAAUGGUGGGGAAGUCACCAAAGAAUGAAAUUCAGCACGUGGGACAGAGAUAACGACAACUAUGAAGGGAACUGUGCCCAAGAAGAAGGCUCCGGCUGGUGGUUUAACAGGUGUCACUCUGCAAACCUGAAUGGCAGGUACUACCAGGGCUCCUACCGCGCUAAAACUGACAACGGGGUGGUCUGGCACACCUGGCACGGAUGGUGGUAUUCUUUGAAAUCCGUGGUUAUGAAAAUUAGGCCAAAUGAAUUUAUUCCAAAUAUUGUUUAAUUGUUCCCCUUGGGCUUGUACUUCUGCAAAUCAUCUUGGUUUAAAGAGAUUUGAAAAAAUAGCAAUUCUGAACAUGCACACGGAUGAUGAGAGUAAUUGUUAUGUGUACUACUUUUCAUUCUUACUUGCCUUUGUUACUUGCUGCGCAGAAAUAAUGGGGUGUUCACCAAAUAAAUGUGGCUUAUGUUAGUA